ACGCAAUUGUCAUGUCAAUUGUCAAAAUAACAAAAGUGUGAAAAAAUGGCAGAGCCUGAGCUAAAUCAGCUAAAUGUCGAUAGUUUAAUUCAACGAUUAUUAGAAGUAAGAGGAUGCCGUCCAGGAAAAUCUGUCCACAUGUCCGAAGCAGAAGUGCGCGGACUAUGCUUGAAAUCGAGAGAAAUAUUCUUGCAACAGCCGAUAUUGCUGGAACUUGAGGCUCCACUGAAAAUUUGUGGUGAUAUCCACGGUCAAUACAGCGACCUGUUGCGUCUCUUCGAAUACGGCGGUUUUCCGCCCGAAGCCAACUACCUAUUUCUCGGCGAUUACGUGGACCGCGGCAAGCAAUCUUUGGAAACCAUUUGCUUGUUGCUCGCCUACAAAAUCAAAUAUCCGGAAAACUUUUUCCUGUUGCGCGGCAAUCACGAGUGCGCCUCAAUCAACCGCAUCUACGGAUUCUACGACGAGUGCAAGCGACGUUUCAACAUCAAACUGUGGAAAACUUUCACGGAUUGUUUCAAUUGCUUGCCCAUCGCUGCUAUUAUUGAUGAGAAGAUUUUUUGCUGUCACGGUGGAUUGAGUCCCGAUUUACAGGGCAUGGAACAGAUUAGGAGGAUUAUGCGACCCACUGAUGUCCCAGAUACUGGUUUAUUAUGCGAUUUGCUCUGGUCUGAUCCAGACAAAGACGUUCAGGGUUGGGGCGAGAAUGAUCGCGGUGUUUCAUUUACUUUUGGCGCUGAUGUUGUUAGCAAAUUUCUCAAUCGUCACGAUUUGGAUUUGAUUUGUCGCGCCCAUCAAGUGGUCGAGGACGGGUACGAAUUUUUCGCCAAGCGUCAACUGGUGACGUUGUUUUCGGCACCGAAUUACUGUGGCGAAUUCGAUAAUGCUGGUGGCAUGAUGAGCGUUGAUGAAACAUUGAUGUGCUCCUUCCAAAUUUUGAAACCAUCGGAAAAGAAGGCCAAGUACCAGUAUCAGGGUCCGAAUUCUGGCCGACCGUCGACACCACAAAGAAAUCCGACCAGUAAAAAGAAAUAAAUUGAGCAAUAAUACAAAAAAAAAUACCAUUAUACACUUAUUAUUUAUAUUAUUUUUAUAUUUUUUGUUUCUUCUUGUGCAACAGUGUUUUGUGUUAUUUUAUGUUCAAUGUCCAGGACUAUGAAAGUAAAACGUUGCUGAAGAGAAAAACGAGAGAGAGUAUUUCCUUUUCAUUAUUUUUUUUUAGUUUGUAGCAUGUAUUUACAUUAUUUUCUUCCUUUGACUGAUUUUUGUUUGAGUGACUGGCCACAAUAACCCAAUUAUGUUCACUUGUUUGUUGUAAAUAAAAUUUAAUUUGUCACUUUUAUAUAGAGCAUUUAUAUUUUCUGCAAUUAGGUUUGUUCCCAGACUGUCUCUGGUUUUCAAUGAUAGGUGGGACAGACCAAUAUUUUUUGGGCCACUUUUUAAUUGAUUAUUAUUCAAAAGAAUUAAACAGUGGAUCCAUUUUUUUUUCUGGUAAGUGCAUUUAAUUUAAAAAAUCAAGCAUUUAAAAUUUAUUUAUUUCUUGCAAUAAUUAUUAGAAUCUAGCAUGUAAUUUGCGUCAUCACGUAUUCUUAUGCAGGCCCGCCUUGUCGUUAGUGAAAUAAUUAUUGUAAAGUGAAAAAUGCACUUGCAAAAAACAAAUAAGCGAGUUGGUUGUAAUUAGACUAACUUUGUGUCACUAUGUGUAGCGCCUCUGUUUCUAUAUUAUCCUUAAAAAAUAUUCUUUUAGUACAUUAUGUAGUUUAUAUAAAAUCAGAGCUAUUUAAAUAAAACCUAUAUAUUACUAUGAUAA